AUGGCCCUCACGACCGACGUCAACGUUCCCAAGCCCAUCAACGAUGAUGCUGCUGCCCCAGCUUUCGGAGCUGGCGGAAAGCCUUUGCCUCCCCCUUACAAGUCUACUGGCAACGAAGCGCUCGAUACGCUCGCCUUCUUACACAUGCUCGAGCAGCUCAAGGUCCAAAAACGUUCUGGGUGGAUCCGCGAAGGCGUAAGUGUCCGAGUAACCAGUUUUAUUUCAGACCAUAUGUGCCGUAUGGCGCUCAUGGCCAUGAUGGUACCUAACACUGCCGAACGGCCUCUGGACAUUCCUAGAUGUGUCAUGAUGGCUCUGGUGCACGAUCUCGCUGAAGCUUACGUUGGAGAUAUAACCCCUGUCGAAGGCGUCCCAGUCGAAGUCAAGCACCAGCUUGAGGAGCAAGCUAUGGACUCGUUUUUGAACGAGAUGCUUGGUAGUGAAGGGAACAAGGAGGCGAAAGAGAGGUUCAGGUCUUUGUUUGAGGAAUAUGAAGCUAGGGAGACACCAGAAUCCAAGCUUGUCAAAGACCUUGAUAGGCUCGAGCUUGCUCUCCAAGCGGUAGAAUACGAGCGCACCCAAGGGGUUCAGACCCUUGCUCCCUUCUUCAGGGGCUCCAUCCCCAACCUCGAACACCCUGCCGUCCGGUCCUGGGCCGAGACCUUGAUGGAAGAACGCAAGCAGCUGUGGGAGUCUAGGGGUCAGGGCGAGCAGGAGCAGAGAGAGUUGGAAGGUGCCGUUGUGGGGGGCAAGGUGAAAGCUGCCGGUGGCGCUUGA